UGCCAUGAUAGCUCACGUGCAAGCUUGAAUUGUGAUUUUGUAAUUUUAAUAAAUACAAAGAAUGUCUCAAAAGCGCAAAAAUCGUUCUGGGAAAGAUGAUUUUGAAUAUGACCCUGCUCCUAAACAUCUUCAGAUAGCACACAUAAAACAUCAGGAGAAGCGAUUAAUUGUUAUUCUAGAGAAAGCUCAAUUGGAAUCUGUUAAAGUUGGAAAUAGUUUUGAAUUACUCAACUGUGAUGACCACGCCAGUAUAUUAAGGAAAAAUAAUCGUGAUGCAGGCUCAUGUAGACCAGAUAUUACUCAUCAAUGCCUGUUAAUGUUGAUGGAUAGUCCACUAAAUAGAGCGGGACUUUUGCAGGUUUAUGUUCAUACAGAAAAAAAUGUAUUGAUAGAAGUAAAUCCUCAAACGAGGAUACCAAGAACGUUCAAACGCUUUGCAGGCCUUAUGGUGCAGCUGUUGCAUAAAUUCAGCGUUCGUGCAUCUGAUGGACCAAUGAAACUAUUGAAAGUUAUUAAAAAUCCAGUUACAGAUCAUUUACCAGUUGGUUGUCGUAAGAUUGCUAUGUCAUUUAGCGCAAAGAAAGUACAAAAUCCAAGAGAAUUAGUACCUUCAGAUGAACCAAUUGCUAUUGCAGUAGGUGCAAUGGCUCAUGGUCAAAUAACGCCAGAUUACACGGAAGAUACUAUAUCUAUUAGUAAUUAUCCUUUAUCUGGAGCUUUAACUUGCAGUAAAUUAUGUACUGCAUUUGAAGAAGUUUGGGGAAUAAUUUGAAUGAUAACUAUACUAUAACAACAUAUGCCGCCUACAAACGAAUCGCGUCGCCCUUUUUAUUUUAUACUAAGUUAAAUCGUUUUUAUUAUCGAACAAGAGAAAACAAAUAUUAAAAAUGUAAAUAUAAGUAAAAAUAUGAAA